AUGCCCUCUAUCCUCAGUGAUACCGACAAGGAAACCGUCAAGAGAAACGUACCGAAACCCGCCAACAAGAUCCUCGCUGUAGCUGUCGCGCGACUCUACGUCGCCUACCCGGAUCCCCAAAGAUGGACAUACACCGGUAUGCAGGGAGCAGCAGUGCUUUGCAAUGAUUUGGUGGGACGGACCUUCUGGUUGAAAAUGGUCGACGUCUCGCCCGCUGGAAAGGGUGUGAUCUGGGACCAAGAGAUCUACGACAAAUUUGCUUACAACCAGGAUCGGACUUUCUUCCACACCUUCGAACUCGAGGACUGUCCCGCCGGCCUGUCCUUUGUCGAUGAGAAGGAGGCCAAAACAUUCAUCAAGAAAAUGCAAGAGCGUGAGAAAAAUGCGAGCAAAGAGACCAGCAAGACUCCAUUUGCCUCUACGCGGGGACAGGGCCCUGCACCGGUUGCCAACGGAAAGGGCCCAGGGAGGUCUUUGUUUGGUAGCUUGUUGCAUCGAUCGAGUCCGGCUACGAGCACGGCACCACCGCCCGCGCCUGCGCCAUCAAUCCAGGUCGCACCUCCACCCCCGGCACAGCCCGCGAGUGCGCCAGCCGCCAAGGCAGAUUUGCCGUUUGACACGAGUGAUCCGUCGUGGAAGGGCCUGCUAGAUGAGCUGAUGCAAAUGGGGAUCACAGAAGACCAAAUCGCGGAGAAUUCAGAUUUUAUCAAGGCUUGGAUCGACCAGAAGCAAGCGGCAGCCCAACCUACUCCCGCUGAGGAUCAGCGCAAGCCCAAGGCUCCACCUCCACCACCUCCCGCGCCGCUCGCCCCUAAGGCGAACGCAAUUAGCCCGCAAGGGACAGGGACGAGCACUGGAAGCCGACGCGGCCCUCCUCCGCCUCCCCCGUCACGAAAAACCCGCGCCGAUGCUCCUGAGGAAACGGCCUCUCCGCCGCCUCGCGAACCCUCCCCGCCCCCUCUGCCCGGCCCAAGAUUUCAUGCGCCCCCUCCGAUUGCAGACGCUGGGAAAUUUGCUGAACCGGCCGGCCCUGCGCCUCCGAGACGACCCCGGGCCAUUUCAGGCGCUAAUGCUGGUCCUCCGCCGCCGCCACGACCCCCGAAAACGCCGAUGGAAGACUCCCAAUCUCGAUUUGGAGUGCCUCCGCCUUUCUCGGGCGACCGCAAGGCGUCUGCUCCGCCCGCGCCGCCCAGCCGUAACCCGGCACCCCCGGGGCCUCCGCCUCCGCCUCCACGUGCUGUGAGCCCAGCAUCACCGCCCCAGCUGCCUCCUAAAGUCCCCACAGCCACUCCAGCUACAGCUCCACCCCCUCCACCUGCCAGAGGACCUGCUUCACCUCCGCCCGCACCAGCACCUCGGCCUGUACCAUCGGCACCGUCUGCCCCGGCAGCUCCUCCGCCACCCCCGCGAGGACCUGCUUCGCCUCCUCCAGCUCCGCCAUCUGCAACCACGUCUUCCCCGAAUGUUCCUCCGCCGCCGCCGCCCUCGACGAGCUCUGCAGCUCCUGGAGGACCUCCACCUCCCCCACCAGGACGUUCUGGUCCCUCUAUUCCGCCACCUCCCCCGCCAGCGACAGGCUCUCCAGCCCCAGGAGGGCCGCCGCCUCCCCCACCACCACCGGGACGUUCUGGUCCUUCCAUCCCACCACCUCCCCCGCCUGCUGCGGGAACGGGGCCACCUGCAGGAGCUCCGCCGCCACCGCCGCCGCCUGCGGCAUCCGGAGGUGGUGGGGCACCACCUCCACCCCCGGCCCCGGCUGGUGGAGCGGCUCCCCCGCUGCCAAAAAGCACGGGUGGACGAGACGAUCUCAUGGCAUCUAUCCGAGCCUCGGGUGGUGGUGGCUUGCGCAAGGUCAAAGACAGCGAAAAGAAGGACCGAAGCGCUGCCAUGGUGCCCGGAGGUGCCAACGAGUCAUCUGCCGCAGCCUCUAGCACAGGAGGAGCUCCGCAGGGCGGUUUGGCUGGUGCAUUGCAAGAUGCUCUCAAGCAAAGAAAACAGAGGGUCAGCGGAAGCGAUGACGAGAAAGAUGACGACGACGAUUGGUGA